AUGGGCUCUACCUUCUCCAAGACAAAGAAAUCCGCGUUUCGCGCCCAAAAGGCCAGUCGCCCGGAGAUUCACAGCUCCGGCACCUGUCACUCAUGCGGGGCCACAGCCCAAGUGGCCAAGCUAUCCUGUGCCCACAUGUACUGCCAGCACUGUCUGACUCGCAAGUUCGCCGCGGCCGCGAACAAGAUGUACUACAUCCCGCCACAGUGCUGCGGUGCUGCCAUCCCGCUGGCAACCGCCCGUCGCCUGCUGGACGGGACGCUCGUCUCGCGGAUCGAAGACAAAGCGGCCGAGAUGCGCGACGCCAACAAGACGUACUGCUCCAACCGGCCAUGCGGGCACUACCUCCCCUCAGAUACCUUCCGGGACCAGCAGCACGUAUGCCACUACUGCGUGCAGACGACCUGCACCAAGUGCAAGGGCUCGAGACAUGUUGGGGCGUGUGAGAUGUGUCCGCGCUGCUUGCGUCCUGCGCAUUCGUUCUCGUGCAGUGACGGCACGGACGACCUCCUCGACUUGGCCGAUGAUGAGAUGUGGAUGCAGUGUCCCGGUUGUGGGAUUAUGGUGGAACUGGAGGGAGAGGAGUAUAACAUGAUGUGUUACUGCGGUACCAAGUUCUGCUACAACUGCGGAGAGGUCCGGACUACUUACCACAUCCACAAGGAUCUGGAUGAGAAAGAGGAGGAUUGGUGA